AUGACCCAACACACCUCCAGGCUUUGUAAGGGCUAUUUGACCAGUGGAGGCUGUGCUGCAUCUGAUGACCUGGCCUCCACAAUCACCCGACAACAACCCAAUUGAGAUGGUGUGGAAUGAGUUGGACCGCAGAGUGAAGGAAAAGCAGCCAACAAGUGCUUGGCAUACUGUAUGUGGGAACUCCUUCAAGACUGUUUGAAAAGCAUUCCAGGUGAAGCUGGUUGAGAGAAUGCCAAGAGUGCAAAUCUGUCAAGGCAAAGGGUGGCUCCUUUGAAGAAUCUCAUAAAAUGUUAGUUACUACAUGAUUCCAUAGGUGUUAUUUCAUUGUUUUGAUAUCUUCACUAUUAUUCUACAAUGUAGAAAAUAGUAAUAAUAAAGAAAAAAAUGUGUCAACUUCUGACUUGUACUGUAAGUAUUCAGACCCUUUGCUAUGAGACUCCAAAUUGAGCCCAGGUACAUCCUGUUUACAUUGAUUUGGAAAGGUACACACCUGUCUAUAGAUGGUCCCACAGUUGGUGCAUGUCAGAGCAAAAACCGAGGAACCUUCCUGAAGGACAACCAUCUCUGCAGCACUGCACCAAUCAGGCCUUUAUGGGUGUGGCUAGAUGGAAGCCACUCCUCAGUAAAAGGCACAUGACUGCCUGCUUGCAGUUUGCCUAAAGGCACCUAAACACUCAGACAAUGAGAAACAGGAUUCUCUGGUCUGAUGAAACCAUGAUUCAACUCUUUGGCCUGAAUGCGAAGCAUCAUGUUUGGAGGAAUCCUGGCACCAUCCCUACGGUGAAACAUGAUGGUGGCAGCAUUAUGCUGUAGGUAUGUUUUUCAGUGGCAGGGACUGGGAGACUAGUCAGGAUUGAGGCAAGGUGCCUAAGGUGCUUCAACAAAAAACUGAGUAAAGGGUCUGAUUACUAAUGUAAAUGUGAUGUAUAUUUUAUAAAUUCGCUAACAUUUCUUAACCUGUUUUUAGUUUGUCAUUAUCGGGUAUUGUGUGUAGAUAGAUGAGGUCAAAAAAACAAAUUCAUUUUAGAAUAAAGCUGUAACAAAACGUGGAAAAUUUGAAGUGGGCAGUAAGUAUAUGUUUGCAUGAACUGUUCCCUUUGUCUUCACAGCAACCUCAGAUGAUGAUGAUGAGGUGAUUACUAUGAUCAAAGAGCUUCUGGAUACCCGAAUCAGGCCCACAGUGCAGGAGGAUGGUGGAGAUGUCCUGUAUUGCGGCUUUGAGGAUGGCAUUGUGAAGCUGAAGCUGCAGGGAUCCUGCACCAGUUGCCCCAGCUCCAUGGUCACACUGAAGAGUGGCAUCCAGAAUAUGUUGCAGUUCUAUGUCCCUGAAGUGGAAGGGGUAGAGCAGGACAAAAUAACUUGCCUGUCGGUCCAGUUCUCAAUUUCACAGGUGAAGGAUGAGCAAGAGGAAGUUGUCCAAGGUUGAGUCCAAUGGAAUCGACUGACUCUACAGACAUUCUUCUUACCCUCUCCCCUCCAGCACCCACUCCUGACUCCAUCCUAUAGUGGAUUAAUGAGCAUCGUAGAGUCCUGUCUAAAGCACAGCAGUGGUAAAAGAAGAACUGCAGGGUUAUUUGGAGAGAUUUCUCAUUGAACUUCAUAGCAAUUCUCAGAGAUUGUCAGCUGUUAAGUCAUUCUGGCUAUGUGUUUCAGUGGGUAAGAUGUACUGUCUUUGUCCUGCUGCUUGCUUUGAAAGGCUUCUCAGGUGAAGGAUUCCAGCUUGUCUGACGAUUCAUUUAUUACAGUUUCUAGUAUUAUCACACCAUAUAACUCAGUAAGUAUUGGUUAUUACAGGCCCAAUGCAGCCGUUUGUAUAUGCUUAUCACCUCAUUUCUGGGUAACAAUUAAGUACCUUACUGUAAAAGAUUUCCAUUCAAAUGGGCAAAAUAGCUUUUUAGCAAAAAACGACAUCAAGUAAGGAUUUUGCAAAGGGGAGAAUAGAGAACUAGCUGUCAUUGUCAGAGAGGUUUGAAGCUCUUUAUUGGUCUAUUAAUUUACCGCAUGGUGAUGUCACCAUGGAAAGCAGAAACUCCCACACAUGCAAACCUGCUGUUUAGAAAGUCCUGUGUAGAUUGUAUUUUCAACCAGCAGCUAUCAGGAAAUAACACUGAUAAAUUGUUUCACUCCUUUACAGUGUUUGGUUCAUCAGCUGUUGUUCAAUAUAUACAUUUGGACUGCACUGAGCCUUUUAAAAAGCACAACUCCAUCCAUAUACAACACAAAUGUGCACAUUGUAUAAUGUAAAUAAAUAAAAUGCAUUGAAUUAAGUAUGAAAUUAUUUUCUUUAAUGCAUUGAAUGUAGUUCUUUCUUGAACUGCACUGUUGGUUCAGAGCUUGUAAAUACACAUUUAAAGUCUACACGUUAUAUUCGGCGCAUGUGACAGUUUGAUAUGAUUUGAAAUUGCCAACCAAAUAAUCUGUCAACCUGACAGGGAAAUGGUGCACAGAUGGAGUAUGGUCUGGAGGAAAGCUUGAGUUUGUGUUGGUUUUUAACUAUGUUAUUAUUAUGUGAAUGUAUAAUAAGCUAUUAAAAACACCUCUAUAAA